AUGAUGAAAUCUGAUAUUUCAAAUGCAGAAGCUUUGAACCCUGCAGCUGAAAGCCAUGGAACAUCUGCUCAGUUUGGAUCAAAAAUUAGUAGAAACAAGGAGAACUUUGUCUUUGUGGAAAAAACUACUUUCGGCAACAUCCAACAAAAACUGAAAAGUUUGCAGCAGCAACUGGAUGAUCUUCAACAACCAGGACAAACUCUGGACAAUACUGACAAAGUAGUUGAGCUAGAGAAAGAAAUAAAUGAAUGGCACAUAGAGGAGGAAUUCUACAAGCAAAAAUCAAGAGAUAAAAGUUUUCAUGAAGCAAAUCAGAACACAAAGUAUCUUCAUGUACAAGCCAAUAAAAGGAGGGCACGAAAUAGAAUUGAAUCCUUACAAAGACCAAAUGGUAGUUGGUGCAGUGGAAGAGACAAUCUAGAAAAUAUGCUUACAAAUCACUUUCAAACAAUUAUGAGUACUACUGAUCCAACACAAGACAAUGACCUCCUCAACAUACUACCAGAAUGCAUUACAGAGGAAGACAACACAUCUCUUGUCAAAGUUCCAUAUAUAGAUGAAAUUGAAGCAUCUCUCAAAAACAUGCAUCCAUGGAAAGCACCUGGACCAGACGGCUUUCCACCAGGUUUUUUUCAGUCUCAAUGGGAAGUUGUGAAACAUGAUGUCAUAAAAAUGGCUUCUUAUGUUCCGGGCAGGCAGAUAAGUGACAAUAUGCUUAUGGCACAAGAACUCAUCCACUGUAUGAAGAGAAAGAAAACAAAAAAAAAAGGUUACAUGGCUUUAAAACUUGACAUGAGCAAGGCUUUUGAUCGAGUAAAGUGGACAUUUCUAAACAAUGUUAUGAGAAAGCUUUUAACAGCAAAUGGUGUCAACUGGCUGAAAACUCAAAAAAAAUUGCAAGGAAUUAAGAUAUCAAGGAAUGCUCCACAAGUUACUCACUUUAUUUUUGCAGACGGUUGCUUGUUGUUUGAAAAAGCCGACAUGCAGAAUGUUAACACUCUUUUAUAUGUCAUCAAUAACUUCAGCAAUAUUUCUGGGCAGCAGGAAAAAAACCACUUCUUUUUCUGGAUUGGUAGACAAGAUGAAUGGAAGAUUAUAAAGAUGGAAUGGCAAGUUCAUAAAUCAGGUGGGCAGAUGGUUAAAAGCGUACUUAGCACUACAUCCUCUCACCAUAUGAGUGUGUUUAAAGUCCCAGAUGAAACUAUAAAAGAAAUAGACAAGGUUCAACGUAAGUUCUGGUGGGGAAUAAAGGAUGGAAAGGGUUAUCAUUUCAUCUCAUGGACAGCUGUUGGGAAAGAUCAAGUUAUGGGAGGUUUGGGUUUUCGUGAUCUAUCUUGUUUCAAUCAGGCGCUUCUAGCAAGAACAGCAUGGCGUCUCUACAAUCAAAACGAUCAACUCUGCAAGGUCUUCAUAUGGCAUGAUGUUUCGAUUCCUGGCAAAAGCUCACCGCCAACUUCAACAAUACCAACCGAGGAAGCACAUAACUAUAAGUAUGUGUCAGAAUUAAUUGAUCAAGAUACAAGAUCUUGGAAACAACAACUAGUUCAACAGUUGUUCAAUCAAGAAGAUGCAACUAUUAUUCUCAAAAUUCGUAUCCCAAUGAUCAAAGAGGACAGACUUAUUUGGACUUUAACAAGAGAUGGCCAUUUCACUGUUAAAUCGGCAUACAAAAAGCUUGUUGUUAUUAAACAGAAUGGAAGUAUGGUCUACAACACAGCUGAAGCCAAAUUCUGGAAACAACUAUGGAGCUUGGAUACCCUACCUAAGGUGGAGCACCUUUUAUGGAAGUGCCUGACUGAUAUACUCCCAUCUAAUAAAAUAAUGGCAAGAGUCACAGUUUAUGGAGGAGGAAUCUGCAAAACAUGCAAUCAAAGGGUGGAAACUACUCGUCAUAUUCUCACUGAGUGUAUCUUUUCUAGAGCAGUUUGGCUUACUGUUCCAGAUGCAACGUAUAGCAUACAAAACAAUGGAAACUCUGUCGCAAAUUGGAUACGAAGCUGGUUCUCAGAUGGAAUGAAGGACCUAGUGGAUGAUUGGAUAAUAAGAAUGGCAAACACAGCGUGGGAAAUAUGGAAAGCUCGCUGCAACAACACUUUUCAGGAUAUAUCAAACCUAACCCAGUUGGAGUAA